AUGGCUGGAAUGAAUCCACUGGGCACUGAUGCUGUUGGCAUCAAAGUCGAUGUACAAAUAUCGAGACUCAUGCAGGAGUGGAAUACGUCCGACAACAAAGCAGAGGCUUUUAAAAAAGUGGAAUCAGCUUUCAAGCGGAUGGCUGCAGCGAGCGCCGAUGUUAUUCCGGCUGGAGCAGAAAGCGAAGAGGAAGAGACGCCGAGUGAGCGCGCAAAGCCUGGCAUUCCGGCUGAGCCAGGAUAUCCGGCUGUGCAACGAGAAACCCAAUACGUGUGCUUCAACUGUCGAAAGCCAGACCCGGGGCACACUACCAGUCAGUGCCGCCGUUGGAACAGUCGCCGAUUUCAGCCACGUGACGGGGAACGAGCAAAAAAAUUCAAGGAAUCUUUGGAGGAAAAAGAACGCUCUGUGCGCCGCAUGGAAGAGGAUCGCAAAGCGGAAGAUGCAGAAAUACGUGCCCUACGCGACGACGAAAUUCGCGCUGAGCGAAACGCCCGUGAAGAGCGCUAUCGACGCGAGGACCGCGAGCGGGCGGAACGUCGCCGUCGCGAAGAUCGCCAGUGGGAGGAUGUCUGGGCCGAAAAAUUGCGUGCCCACCGAAACAUUCGUUUCUAGGUUUGCAAAUGCAAAAGCCAUGGAAUGAUUGGAUUGUUUUAUUUUUUUCUCACUGGAAUCUGUGGUGUUUUGUUAACGCGGUUUUGUGUUUACCUCCUCGCAUAUUUACAUGAAAGUUUAGUAACUGGCAGUGAUUCUUUUAUUGAGUGUUGUUUGAUGAAAAGCUCAACGAUAAGCCGACAGUAAGUUCCAAGUAACCAACGUGA